AUGUCAAAUUUUACAACAACAACUUCGCCCGUGGACCACAUUCCGUCCUUUAGCAUACUGGCUACGGCUGGCUCCACAUUGCUCGUCGGCUUGCUUUAUGCUCUUUAUAACUACCUACUUCCCAAGCCGAUCCCAGGAAUCCCAUACAACACAGAGGUCGUCAAGUCCCUUCUCGGAGACAUCCCCAGGCUCCAGAAAGAAUCACCCGAAAACCCUUUCAGAUGGAUGAUUGAACAAGCGCGUCGACAUGACAGCCCCUUGUCUCAGUUCUUCCUCCAGCCCUUCCAUAAGCCGACGGUGUUCAUCGCCGACUUCCGCGAGGGACAGGAUAUCCUCAUGCGUCGCAAAGAAUUCGAUCGUUCCGACUUCACCAUCAGCCUAUUGGGCGGAGAGGCCCCUAGCUUCCACAUCAACUUGAAGACAGGGCCGGAAUGGAAAGCCCACCGACGCUUGCUCCAGGACCUUAUGACCCCCAACUUUCUCAACAAUGUCGCGGCCCCGAACAUAUACAAGAGCGCUAGAAAUCUUCUGGACCUGUGGAAGAUGAAGACGGCUGCCACUGAUAAGCCUUUCAGCGCCGAGCAAGACAUCUUCUACACAGCUCUGGAUGCAGUCUUCGACUUUGGAUUCGGUUCCAGCGUGGAACAUCGAGCACUGAUCCCACAGAUUAGGAUGCUUCAGAGUGGCAGCGAGAAGAAGGCUGGUAUCGAUGAGUCGAACACAAAGGCGGCCAGCUUUCCUAUCGCACCCAUCCAUCCAACUUUAGAGACGGCUAUAAAGACGGCUGACAACGUCACCGGAGUUGCUGCUACAGGAUUUCCCGACAUCGCAUGGUGGCUGAUUGGCCUCAAGCCCAGCGUCAAAAGCAUGAGAACUUUCAGAAAAGCAUUCUUCAAAGAGCAAGUUCAGAAAGCUGUCGAAAGAUAUGAAGGCCAGGCUCAGGACAAUGACGACAGCUAUGUCAAGUCUGCAAUUGAUCUGAUGAUCCAUGGAGAAACUGCUUUUGCGGGCAAAGAGAACCGCAAGCCGAUGUAUUGGUCUGAUGCAAUGAAUGACGAGAUAAAUUACUAA